GUUGCAUUGACGGGGUGCCAGACUGUCUCCACAAUUGCCAUGUGAUUACUUAACUCGGGUCAGAAUCGGGAAAAUAAGACUUGUGCAAUGUAAACCCUUUAUCCUUCACAUAAGAGACCAAUCUGAGGUGUGUAGCUCAAAUCGUUCGCCAGCUAUUGAAGUUUGGAGGUCCGAAUGGCUGGCGAAUAGCGAAUCUCAAGCCAACUUUUCCAGGUUGGGGAGUGAAUGGGAGAAAUGGUAUCCUGUGGGUUGACUAGCCCAGCGCUCUUCCAGCUGUGUUUGUUGUUGAUUUUGGUACCAUACAUCAAAGGCAGAACAUUUGAGAAAUGUCUCCCGGGCAAUGCAUGUCGAUCGGAAAAACCUCCAGUAGUUCUAAUUCCUGGGGACCUGGGGAACCAGCUGGAGGCCAAGCUGGACAAGCCCAGCGUGGUUCACUACAUCUGCUACAAAAAGACUGACGCCUACUUCACAUUAUGGCUCAACCUGGAAUUGAUGGUGCCGGUGGCCAUUGACUGCUGGAUUGACAACAUAAGACUGAUUUAUAACCGUACAACAAGGCAGACAGAAGCACCUCCGGGGGUAGAUGUCAGAGUGCCUGGCUUUGGACAGACCUUUCCUCUGGAAUACCUUGACCCUAGCAAGGGCGAUGUUGGUGUGUAUUUCUUCAACAUAGUGCAGGCACUGGUGGAGUGGGGAUACACCAGAGAUGACGAUGUUCGAGGAGCUCCGUAUGACUGGCGUAAAGCUCCAAAUGAGAACAAAGCCUACUUUUUGAGACUGCAACAUAUGAUUGAGGAGAUGGCCGUGAAGGCUAGGGGUCCGGUUGUCCUGAUAGCCCACAGCAUGGGGAACAUGUACACCCUGUAUUUCCUGAACCAUCAGCCCCAGGCCUGGAAGGAUCGCUACAUCAAGGCCUUUGUGUCCCUGGGUGCACCUUGGGCUGGUGUGGCUAAAACCCUGAGAGUUGUGGCUUCUGGUGAUAAUAACCGUAUCCCAGUCAUCAGUUCACUAGAGAUCCGCUCACAGCAGCGCACUGCGGUCUCAACCACAUGGCUGUUCCCAUACGCACAUUCCUGGCCUGCUGACAAGGUGCUAAUCCAAACACCCACCACCAACUACACAGUGAAGGACUACCAACGCUUCUUCAAGGAUAUCGACUUCGAAGAUGGCUGGGAGAUGCGUCAAGACACUGAACCACUGGUCAGUGCACUGGAGCCCCCUGGGGUGGCUAUACACUGUCUUUAUGGCAGCGGAGUGCCCACAGCAGAGGGUUUUCUCUACACUAUCUUUCCUGAUACAGACCCCACACUGAUUCUCGGAGAUGGGGAUGGGACGGUCAACCUGCUGAGUGCCACCCAGUGCAAGCGUUGGAUAGGCCACCAGACACAGCCUGUCCAUAUGUUUGAACUGGAGGGGAAUGAGCAUGUGGCCAUGUUGCGCAACUUUACCACAGUAACCUACAUCAAGACUGUGCUCUUUGGCCCUUGAGCAACCUUAACCAACUACUGCCCCUCGUCUUGCUGUCUUAAGUUACAAAUUCAAAGAUAAAGAACGGGGAUAGUACAAAGAGAGAACUGAUAGGCAUUUGGACACAUUACACAUGACGGUCUCAGAGCCUGAGGAGGAAUUGAUGACGGCACUGAAUGUUUUAUCCUAUUUUAUUUUUAAUUAUCCCAGCAGACAUUUGCUGUUUUUCCAAAUUUGUACUAUGUUAAUUGAUAAUAUUUGUAAAGGUCUUUCCCAAUUAACUCAGAUUACCAAGUUGUAACAGUUUACUAGGUGAAUUAGCAGCAGUAAACUGUGAUGAAUUAAUAAAACCAGGGUCUUGUUGUCAAGGCUGGAUUGCUUACAGGACAGGAAGACGUGGUCUUAUCACCUUGAUUGUAACUAUGCCAUUGCGCUAUGGUUGGACUUGAACAAUAUAUUGCUGGAACUAUCAUGAUCUGUGUGUUGUGACGAUUAAGUAAAAUAUAAUGUUAAACAUUGCAUUAAGCCAG